CGGCCGUCGGUCGCGCGCACGCCGCUCCAGUUUCCCGCGCGAACAUGGCCGACCUGUCAAAACUCGCGCGCAGUGACAGUGACAUGUGAUAUUAUUUUUAAAUCACUCGCUGGACUCGCUCACCUGACGCGUCGCCCGCGACAGCUAUGUUCAACUUUUUUAAAAGAAAAGGCGGGAAGGCCGAGCCGGGAACGCCCGAGGCCGGCCGGAAACUCCCGAGCGACGGCCGGCCAAUGUCAGUCGAGUCGCGUGCGCCGCGAAACGACAAUGACGUAACGAACGAGAGGACCGGGACUCUUCGCAAGGAUGUGAUUAACCUGCUGAUACCGGAGACAGAUUACGCGCAAAAAAAUACGGGAGUGAGCGCCCUCUUUAGCAUCAUGGGGAAAAGAAAAAGAAACAGACGCAAAGGCAAGCAACAGAAAGAGACGGCCCGAGUCGAAGAAUCCGACGAGCGCGCGCCGCCUACGCCCGCGCCCGCCGAAAAUAUACAGGCGGCCGAACCGCCCAGUGAUCCCGCGGACUGCAUCAAGGCGCUCGUGUUGCAGAAGUACGCCAAGCCCGAGCCCAAACAACAGCACGUGUCGCUCGUGUACGUCGGCGACGACCCGCCCCGCGACGAGAAGAAGCAUGCCGAGGCGCUGCUGCGCGAGAUCGCGCGGACCAUCGACUGCGAGAUAGACCGACUCCAUGUGAAUCAAAUGGGCGCCGACAACAGCAAGAGACCGGAGAGAAACGAGCCCAUAUACGAGAGCGUGCGGGACGAGUUCAAGGAUGAGGUCGAGAGGGAGCUGCAGAAGAUCAAGCUCCACGAUGAGAUGAUGGAGGAGCCGAGGAAGUCCAACCUGAAGCCGCCGCGCUCCGACAACGAGGGCUGCUCCGACGACGACCGCUCCGACAACGGCAAGAAGCGCGUCACGUUCCGGAAGAGGAUCGUGUUCGACGACGGCGAGGAGCAGACCGACGACGGCGACGACUCGUCGUUCGAGUCGCUCACGUCGGAGGAGGCGGAGUACCUCGACGACGGGCCCGACAACGACGAGCUGCUGGGCGGCUUCGUCGUCAAGGACAACACGACCAUCAUCGACGUCGGCGAGCCGAUCGUCAAGGUGGAGUGCGUGGACGACUUGAGGAGGAUCACCAGUGACAACAGUGACAGUGGGUUCAUCGAGUGCGAGCGGAACGAGUCCGGGGACGAGACCAGUGACGUUAAGAGUAUGGUGGAGUGUGACAGUGAGGACGAGGAGGUGGAGAUCGAGGAGAUCGAGGAGGAGAGUGGCUCCGAGGUCACCGACGAGGAGGAGGACAAUGAUGAUUUGAAGACGCUGGUCUCCCAGGAGAGCAAGUUCCACAGCCAGGUGGCGGCGCUGACGGAGCUCGCGGAGACGCGGUGUGAUGAGGCGGAGAGGGCCAGGGACCUCAUCGCCGCCUGCAGAAAGGACAUCGAGGCCAAGGACCAGGAGAUUGAACAGAUAAAAUGCGAGCUGGCAGCGGCGUACAAGGAGUCGGAGCUGGUGCGGCAGCGCGCGCGGGCGCUGGAGGACGAGCUCAACGCCGCCAAGAACUGCUCCGCCGACCUCGCCGACGAGCUGCAGAGGCGAAAUGAUGAAACAAUACGUGAGUUGCGGGCAGAACUCGAGGACUCGAACACGCAUCGGGCCGAGCUGGAAUCCAGGACAGAGGCGCUGAUAAAGGAGAAACAGCAGUUGCUGCAAGAAAAACUUGUACAGGAACAGAAAGCUAAGGAGGCGCUAGAAGCGGCGGAGGCGAACACUAACAAAUGGCGCGCGGCACACGAGGCGGCGCGCUCGCAGGCGUCCGCGCGCGCCGAGCGCAUGCUCGCCGACUGCGAGUGGAAGAUGCGCGAGCUCGAGAAACGCGCGAGAGACGCCGAGAAACACAACAGAGAGCUCACAGAAUCAGUGGAAAAACUGAAGGAUGCUCCUGCCAACCCGUCCCACGUGGCCGAGCUCCAGCAGCUACGGGGGCUGGCGACCGAGCAGCAGAGAUCAGUUCAAUCUCUCACACUGCAGCUGCAGCAGAUUGAAACUAGAGAAGAGACUCUCAAAUUGGAAGUACACAGACUCAAAGACCUUCUCGAGAGAGAAGCACAGCUGAGGAAAAGCAAGGAGGAACAGCAUUUACAGGCGUUACAGAGGCUAGAAAACCAGCACGAUGCGAAGGUGGCAGCCCUGCGCGCCGAGCACACGGAGGCGCUCGCUAGCGCGGCGAGCGCGCGGGCGGCGAUGGAACGAGCGCAGGCCGAGCGCACGCGAACCGCAUUAGCGCAGCUGCGAGCCGAACACGAGCGGGACAGUAAAAACGCUGAGCGGAAACUUAGGGAGCUAUCAACGAGGUUUGAAAACCUCAAAGAAGUAUUAGCUUCAAAAGAAUCACAGUUUGAGAAAUCAAUAGCAGAAGCCAACAGUAAAGCGGACUGGGAUAUUCUCCAGCUGAGGCAUCUACUGGACAAGGCCGACAUCAACUACGCUAAUAACAUAGAGGCGUUGACAGAAAGAUACGAAAAAGAAAAAGAAAGAAUAACAGAAGAGUGGGCAGAAAAGUUCCGCGUGCUAGAAGAAGAAACAAAAAAUGCUGCCGAAGAAGCCCGAAAACUGUUGGAAGUUACGAAAAGAAACCUCAUAGCUGAGAAAAAUGAUCAAAUCAGUAAACUUAAGGAAAAACAUAGAAUUGAAAUGGAGGAGCAAUGGGAGCAGUUCAUGGCAGACAAAGAGCAUUGUCUAGAGCGGAUGAAGACGGAGUGUCAGCAGGAGGGACAAGAGGAGAGGUCCAAGAGAGAGAAGGACUUGCUGGUCGAGAUUGAAGAGCUAAAAUCCCAGUUGAAGCUGGGUGGCUCGGACUUGGAUCGACUGAAGAUGGAGACGGCUGCGGUCGGCCGAACCUUAGCAGUCACUGAGCAGGAGCUAAGAGAGGCUUUGGAGAGGGAGAGAAAGUUGAGAGAGAAGGCGGGAGAAGACGCGGAGAAGAUGAGGAAGCUGGAGAAGGGGCUGAAGGAACAGAUCGAGCAUUUGCAGAGAAAGUGCGCGUGUCUGAGGAAACUUUUCGACGACAUGCGCACGAAGCUGUCGGCGCGGGAGAGCGCGGCGGAGCAGGAGAUCCGCAAGCGAGACAGGGAGAUCGCGCUGCUGCGGGCCGAGGUCGCCAGGCUCACCAAGCUGCUGGUGGAGCAGGGGUGCCAAAAUUUGGGAGCUCGGACACGCGCCGACGGAUGCGAGCAGCUGGUCACUGAUGAGAUGAAUGCCUCUAGAAGAAAAGGGGAGGGCUCACGUGCGCACGACACGAAGCGCCGACCGACACUGCCGCAGCUCGAGCCGCUGCCCCCCGACGCCAAGCGCCCCGCCGACGACGCACAAAAUGGCCGCCGCCGCUCGCAGAGCAUCGAACUACCCGCAGUGCAAGUUCCCGGCAAAAUCAAACAGCUAAAGGACAAAAUUGACAUGUUCGAUAGAAAAUAGCGAGUAGCUAAACACGUCGCGAUUACGAUGCGAGGAAUUUUUGUUUUACGAAGAAAAUGCAAUUUUGUUGUCUUAAAAAUAAUGUCUUUGUAUUUGAAUGGAAGUAAGUACUGUAUAUUGGAAGGUCGAAUGUGUAUUUACUAUAGUAUUUAUAUCUUUACUAAAUGUUAUACUUUAUAUCUUACAAGUUAUAAUGCCAUAAACUACUGCGUGCUCUUGUAACGAAUACCAUAAUAAUAUGUUAAACUUAAUGCUCUUUGAUAUUCAAAUAUUUGAAGUAGAAGGACAUUUAAGAACGAAAAUGUUUGGUAUCUAUUUCAUACUAAAUUUAACUGUGUAAAAAGUCUAGUACUAAAAGUAGUCUAAGGUAAGGGAACUCAAAUAAUAUUACUAUCAAGAUUCAAGGCUAGUCGACAUUGUAUAGUAGUGAGGAAAAAUGCAUUUUAGCUAAAUGUACUCUAAAAUACGUGGGCAUAUAAUUGAUUUGAAAAUGAUGCUGGUUGGGGCAAAUUAUUAAAUUUACAUUUUGGGUAAUACUAAAUAACAACAAAUUAGUGGGAUGAGGCCAUUGACUUACUUUGAUGAUGAUAUCAAGCGACUCUGAUUAACGCUACCUUGAAACAAUGUGUUUCAAGUUUCUAGUGUUUCUACACUUACUACUGCUGAAAAAAAAAUGUUAGUUUACCUAGUACCUACUUACUUACAUAAGGUGCAAUAUUUUUUGUAUAAGAGGAAUAGAUGUAAGAAUAAUGUGAUGUAAAUAUUAAAUUUUAUAAAAUAAAAUCUUAAUUAACAA